CGCUACAUCACCACCCACGACUUCACCGGCAAAAGCAUCUACGCAGAUUCUCCCGCUCAAGUCUACAACUACAACCCAGGUUUCGGCGGCAUGGCACGUUCCUACUCCGUCGGGAGCGUUCCAGCAGGCCUCACCGACGAUAUCGAUGUCAAAGCCUACCGCGCGGAAGACGCCGUGACAAGCUACAAGCGGAGAGAUAUUGUUCUGCCUCAGCCUGGAAGUAAUCUGGUAGUCGUGGAUCUGGAGCCGGGAGCGAGCAGUCAGAUGCAUCAGACUGUUAGCGUUGACUACUCGAUCUGCGUGAUUGGGGAGAUUGAUCAUGAGCUUGAUAGUGGAGAGGUUGUGAGGCUGUAUCCUGGCGAUCAUAUUAUUCAGAGAGGCACGAUGCAUCGCUGGACGAAUGCUUCAAAGGACAAGCCGGCAAGGUUUGUGGCUUGCAGUCUGCCUUGCGAGCCCUUUGAUGUUGGUAGCAAGAUGCUGAAGGAA